AUGUAUGCGCGAGUCGUGCUUGCCAUCACAUGGCUGACCUCGAGUCUUGUUGCUGCCACUGCCUAUGCCCAGUGCGAAGCUUCCACUUCCAAGUUCCUCAAGCUCGAGACCACCAAUGGCCUAAUCGAGGGCCACAUUGCCGACGAUGCGCCCUGCGUCGUCGAGUAUCUGGGCAUCCCGUAUGCGAAGCCUCCUGUCGGUGACCUUCGCUUUGCCAGUCCCCAACCCUAUGAGGGCCAACAAAGCUACGAGGCCAAAAACUUUAGCUAUGACUGCCCACACAGCACAUUCCCCUACAUUAACUAUCCUGGCUUCUUUGAUGACGCAAAUCGCAUCAUUGACUAUUUUGCUGCGAGCGCUAAUACAACACAGAGUGAGGACUGCCUUACCUUGAACAUCUGGUCCAAGGCCACCUCUCGCUCCAACCUGGCUCAGAAGUCCGUCCUAGUCUUUUUCUACGGUGGCAGGUUUACAUUUGGGAACACCAACACGCCCUUUUAUUACGGUGUCAACUUUGCCAACACCGAGGACCUGGUUGUGAUUACGGUCAACUACCGCACAAGCAUCUUUGGCUUCCCCGGUGCUGAUGGUCUGAGCACUAACCUUGGUAUGCGCGACCAGCGUCUGGCUGUGGAAUGGGUCCGCGAUAACAUCGCGGUCUUUGGUGGCAACCCCUCGAAGAUUACCAUUAGUGGCCAGUCUGCUGGGGGUGUCUCUGUUGACUACUGGACCUAUGCCUACCGCGAUGACCCCAUCAUCAGCGCUGCCAUCACUCACUCAGGCAACGUGUUCAGCCUCCCACUUCCGAAUCCUUCUACGCAGCAAGAAAACUGGGAAACUGUCGUUGAAUUCGUCGGCUGCGGCAACGCAACCAAUACUUUCACGUGCAUGCAUAACGCAACAUGGGAGGAUAUCAAAGCCGGCGCUGCCACCGUGAAGUCGAGCAAGAGUAGCAGCCCCCUGCGAACCGUUACUGGCUUCUACCCAAAGGUUGACGACACGCUUGUUUUUACCGGCUACCUUGAACGCACCGAUCAAGGCAAAUUUGCCAAUGUUCCUAUUCUUUACGGCAACAACAAUAAUGAAGCUGGUUUCUACGCCGUCACUGUCUACUCCAGCGGUAUCGUGCCCACACAAGAACAGGAUGACGCGUUCAACCUCGAAUCCUUCACCUGCGCCGUCACCAAGCAGGUCGAGAGUCGUCACAAGCACAGAGUUACUGCCUGGGCUUUUCGUUACAUGGGUGAUUGGAAUAACACUCGUCUGUACCCAAACAGCGGUGCCUACCACGGCAGCGACAUGCACAUGCUGUUUGGGAACUCGGUCGCUGUCAGCGGACUUCUAACCUCGAAGUCUCAGAGACAGCUUACCAGACUGAUGCAGAAAGCCUGGUUCGCCUUCCUGGACAAUCCGCGCACUGGACUGUCUGAGUUCGGUUGGCCUGAAUUCGAUCCUAAUGAGAAGACGCUCGUCCGUUUGGGCAACGACACUAAGCCUGAAUAUGAGCUUAUGUAUCCUUCUUCAUAUGAUGCCCCCUGCUCGAACACUACCCUGAGCUCCCUUGGCUAG